CGGCACACAUCAUCGGCAAAACUGCCGUCGAAUAAAAAAAAAAUUAAAUUAAACUAGAAGUACAACAAAAUACUUAAAACAAACGAUAUUUAUUAGUAAUUAGAGAAAAGUUUAUUUAUUUAAUUAAUCAGAGGUAAAAGAUAUAAUCAGAUCCAAAGAAGUGCGGAAUACCUUUACACCCAUAAUAAAAGUUGAUAUUAAAAUUCUGUGCUUAGUGUAAAUAAAUUAGCAGUGACUUUUGAUGUAUAAACAAUCGUAAUGUGAGAAGCUUUUAUAAACAAAACAUUCAAAUCAAUUGUUAUUUAAUUAUCACGCUUAUUUGAACAGGUGCCACACCGUGCAGACCCGGAUUAACCAACAAUUAUUUAUUUAUUGACAAAGAAUUUCAAACAUUCUGCCUAAUCAAUAUUACAACCUCUGUCAAUUACCACAAUGAGAUCUUUAUAAGUGUACCUACUAAAUAAUAUUUUCGAAAUCUUUUAUUUUUUUGUAAAGUGGUGAGUGGUUUCCGAAGAAGUUGUAGUAAGUAACGUCGUUUGAGCGGAGCGCGGGCACCGCCAUGUUGUAUCCGAGUCAUGUGACUUGUCUGUAUGUGUGCACGGCGGGCCAAAGAGGGCCGGCUCUUGGCUCCGAUGAGCAGGAGAUCAUCUAUAUGUCCUAUGUCAUCGUGGAUGUCAACACGAAUAAGAUAGUGGGCGUCCAACAAUACCUGGUGCGACCUAGCGCGGCCGAUGUUAAUGAGAACUUACCUGGCGCUGAACAAUUGGCGGAGAGCUCGUUAGCCGAACAAGCCCUAGGACAAUCCGGCAGGCCGCUGCAGCAUGCCAUACAACAGUUUGAUACCUAUGUUAGAUCACUGCACAUAGAUCCAGAAUCACCACAUUUUCGAAUUAUCACAGAUGGCCAACCACCACUUAGACAAUGCCUGCACCCGGAAGCGUGCGCAAAGGGCAUCGAACUUCCGUCCUAUUACUGCCGUUUCCACGACCUUCGCAAAGAGUUCCGGUCCCAUGUGCUGUCUUCUUCCGGCGGUCACCAGGGCACACCAGGACAGGAUCUGUCGCGUGCGUUGGUACCAUUGCGCAACGCCGGACAAUUGCAAGCGGAUCUAUUGGUAGCGGACAGGGCAGCCACAUUUACCACACCGACGUGUUUAAAAGAUAUGCUGGAUCAUCUAUCAAUUGAAUCAAGUUCAGAAGGAGAUUUCCAUGUCAGAGAACCAAGGGAUAUGGUCACGAUAGUACAGAGGCUUAUCGCCGAGGGUCACAGAUUCGAUGUACCUGAAAUAGUCAAUUUGGUGUUAGAACCCGGAAUUUGUUCAAAAGACGAUGAAAUUGAUGGUUGCUGUAUAGUUCGUGCUAGAGGACUUCCAUGGCAAAGUUCUGAUAGAGAUAUUGCAAAAUUUUUCAUUGGUUUAAAUAUUAUCAAAGGCGGCGUGGCCUUGUGUUUGUCGGCUCAAGGAAGACGGAACGGCGAGGCCCUGGUGCGAUUCGAGUCGCAGGAACACAGAGACAUGGCACUCAAAAGGCAUAAGCAUCACAUCGGCUCCAGAUAUAUCGAGGUAUACAGGGCGACUGGUGAAGACUUCUUAGCUGUUGCCGGAGGAGCGAGCAAUGAAGCACAAGCUUUUCUAUCGCGCGGGGCGCAAGUUAUCGUUCGGAUGCGAGGGUUGCCUUAUGAUUGCACCGCAACUCAAGUGUUGGAUUUCUUCUCCGCCGGCGAGCAGCCUUGCACGGUCCUGGACGGUGCAGAGGGCGUUUUGUUCGUGAAGAAACCAGACGGCAGGGCUACUGGUGAUGCCUUCGUUUUGUUCGCCGACGAAAGUGACGCUCCAAAAGCUCUCUCCAAACAUCGCGAAUUAAUUGGAGCACGAUACAUCGAGUUAUUCAGAUCGACGACUGCUGAAGUGCAACAGGUUUUAAAUCGGUCUAUGGAUCCAAAGACAUAUGAAACACCUGCGCCACCUCUAAUAGCGCAGCUACCUCAAGUGCCACUUUUACCACAGCAUGUGAUAACGAGUGGAACACUGAAAGACUGCAUCAGACUGCGCGGGCUACCUUACGAAGCCCAAGUGGAACACAUUCUACAUUUUCUAGAAGAUUUCGCUAAGAAUAUUGUGUUCCAAGGAGUUCAUAUGGUCUACAAUGCCCAGGGUCAACCUAGCGGAGAAGCAUUUAUUCAGAUGGAUUCAGAGCAAUCUGCAUUCAUGUGCGCUCAGCAGAAACAUCAUAGGAAUAUGGUGUUUGGGAAAAAGCAGCGUUAUAUUGAGGUAUUCCAAUGCAGUGGGGAAGACAUGAACCUUGUACUGACAGGCGGUCUUCCUGCUCCAACGAGUCCAGUGAAGGCAGGUGGUCUGCUGUCACCCGGUGGUGCAAUUUUACCUCCGCCAUUUGGUGUAGCUAACGGUUACAGUCCUUACGGCCCUUUGGCAGCCCCAAGACAUCCUGCCUUUUAUCCGCCUCCAAUAUUUUACUGGGGCUACCCAAGUCCACCAGUUUCACCAACAAGUUAUUAUGGAGGACUACAGCCUGCAAUUCAAACUCAGCCUGCUUUGAUAUCAGCUGAUUGCUUAACGAUGGGAGGACCAGCAGUUGCACCAGUAAUAUCAGCCGACCAUGACAAGGUACAGAGGGCAGCCGUACCUCCACACAAUCAGAUCAUAGAGUUAUUUAUGGUUUAAAGUUUUAAUUUGAUUACCAAGGAGGUUUAAAGAAAUUGAUUUUCUUAUGAAAAACCCUCAGAGUCUUCAGAAACCUUUAAUGUAUGAAGAUAUGUAACCAGUAAUUUGACUGUAAGUUAUAUAAAUGAUAUAUUUAGUUCUCGACAAAUUAAGAAUGAUAUAAAUUUAUUAAGGCUUUCGCUACAGUUACAA